GUGCUUAUGCGGAUAAGAAGGAUGGCCCUGUUCUCUGUCCAAGUAUUGGAACAAGCUUUGACUCUAUUGACGAGGCUUAUGAGUUCUACAAUCUUUAUUCAUGGGAAUGUGGUUUUGGAGUUAGGCCCGCGAAAAGUAGACUGAGUGUCGACAGGAAGAGAUGCAUGCAAGAGAUCAUGUGUGCGUGUGCGGGCAAACCAGUCAGGGAGAACAGCCGCUCGUCCAGGUGUGUGGCUGCAACGCCAUGAUAAGGCUGUUGCGGUCAAAUGACAAAGGGUGGUAUAUUGCAGAACACAAAGAUGCGCAUAAUCACCCGCUGUCUUUGACGUGUGGGUAGAAGGUGCACUGGAAGUCUCAUAGACAUAUAGAUAGAUACACCAAGGAUCUAGUGAAACAGUUGAGAGACAAUAAUGUGGGGCUUGGAAAGGUGUUCAACAUCGUUGGUAGUUUUUUCGGUUCAAUAGAUAAUGUGCCAUUUACAAAGAGGUCAUUGAAGACACUAUGUAGGAAACUAACAGAGAGUAGUCUGACAUGGAUGCAGUGAAGACGAUGGAGAUUCUGUCUGAGAUGAAGGCUAAUGAUCCUGAUUUCAAUUACACAGUACAAGUGGAUGAGGAGAGCCGUAUAAAAACACUGAUGUGGGUAACAAGCAGAGGUUUUGAUCAGUACAGGUGCUUCGGAGAUGCAAUAACUUUUGAUACAACAUACCGUACCAAUCUAUACGAUAUGCCUUUCGGUCUUUUUGUUGGAGUUAACAAUCACUUUCAAAGCAUAAUUUUUGGUGGCGCAAUGAUGAGGGAUGAGAAAGAGGACACAUUCAAGUGGAUAGUCAGGGAGUUCAUCCGCAUGGUUGGCGGGAAACACCCGCAGACGAUUCUUACUAAUCAGGCGCGUGCUAUGGAGCUGGCUAUUGAGGUAGAACUACCAAACACAGUACACCGUUGGUGUAAGUGGCACGUUUUGAAGAAGGCGAAUGAGUCGAUGGGUGUGCUCUGGAGCAAGAACAGUAAUUUUAAGAUGGAGUUCCACAAGCUUGUACAUCACAUGAUCACAGAGGAAGAAUUUGGAGCUGGUUGGCAGGACAUGUUGGAAAAGUACAACUUGAGGAAGCAUCCAUUCCUGACGCAAAUAUAUGAGGUGCAGCAUAAGUGGGCAAAGCCAUAUUUUAGAGGCGUGUUUUGUGCAAAGAUGAAUAGCACACAACGAAGUGAAAGUGCUAACCAUCUGCUGAAGGGUUAUGUUCCAUCGGGGUGCCCUAUGCACCUUUUCUUGAAACAAUUCGAAAAGCUUCAGUUUGACAGGGAGUCAGAAGAGAGCUUCCAAGAGAAGAGUACAUUGCUAAGUGGUGUCUCGCUUCGACUAAACCUGCCAAUAGAGAGGCAUGCUAGCAAGGUGUACACCCGAGCCAUGUUCGAGAAAUUUGAUGAAGAACUAUAUAAAUGUGGCACACAUGUAUUGGAUGAGAUUGUGCCGAGAAAGAUUUAUAAAUCAACCCAUAUAGAUGCGGCGGCAAGAGAAAAAUGGAGUAAGGUAGAGUUCAAGAUCGAAGUGAAUGAUGAUGAGAGUUUUUUUAGUUGCGAAUGUGGCACAUUUGAACACUCUGGCUUGGUGUGUUGCCAUGCAUUGCAGGUUAUGGUGUUCUUCCGUCUAUCGAAGAUACCCGAGAAACAUAUAAUGAAACGAUGGACAAGAGAUGCACGUGAUGUUCUCCCUGCAUAUUUGGUACGGUACCAAAGAGACAGAGGCCCUCCUUCUAGUGACACAUUCAGGCAUCACACAAUGUACAUGAAGGCGCUUGAAUGUGUGUUGCUUGGUGAUAGUAAUGUUAAGUGCUAUGAUGUUUUCAUGGCUAUGAUGAAGGAGGUGCAAGCCGCUCUGGUGCCGUUAAGCAGUGAUAAGGAUGGCAUGGGACUAGCAGAAAGGGAACAACAAAAUCAGCUACUUGUUCAGAACGAGCAAGAGACACUUGAGUUGCAAGGCUGUGCGACAAGGUCUCACUGUGAUGGUGAAUCAAGUUGUUCAGUGAUUGUAGGACAACAGAAAAAACGGCCGAGGGGUAGACCUACAACAAGCCGUGACAAAGCUCUGUAUGAAGAACAUUUGAAGAGAUUGCAGUUCUGCACGAUCUGUAGGAGUCAGGGCCACAAAUGCACAACUUGCCCAGAGAGAGGCGAUGUGCCCAAGGCGCCAAGGAAAUUGCCAAAGUGUUUAAAUUGUGGUGUGCUUGGACACAGGAGUAAUGCUUGUGGCACCAAGAAAUCUGGACCGUUCGAGCCUAAUUUUCUGUAAGCGAGACUGCUGCACGCUGUGCCUUCAUUUUCAUCUUCGCCAGGACCAAGGACUGCAUACGAAUUUGUCAUCUAAACACGCGCAUUUCAUACUUAAUGUUGGCGGUGAUGGAAUUUUUUUUCUGUAGGCUGCAAAUCUUAGCUUUGCGUGUGAUAGCUUGCUGUUGCUGAUGUUGUGAUUUGUAGAGAAAACUGCAAUCUUUGGGAUAUCAUUUUUAUUUGGGUGUGCUUAAUUGAGUUGGUAAUCGCAAGUCUCUUUCAGAA